AAAAGUGAGUGAGAGAGAGAGAGAGAGCUCUGAGAGCUAGCUGGCGAGUACCGCAGAGAGGCGAAUUUGCUAGCUACCAACAUCAACAUGUUUGAUGGAGUCCCCGCCGAGCAGUUCUACCAAUUCAUAGCCAGCUCGUCUUCUCCUCAGCCGCCGCCGCCGCCGCCGACGUCUUCUCCUGUUCCUCUCCCCUUCCCGCUUCUUCACGCCUCGCCGUCCGCCUUCCCGGCCGGCUUCGACGAUCCAGUUCCCUUCUCACCGGUGCUCCAGUUGCAGCAGCAGCCCAAUGCCCACCUCCUUCCCCAAUUGCACCACCAUGAAGAUAAACAAUCAAACGCCUUGCUCCAGACAGGUUUCCAGCUCCAAAGCUCGAGAUCCAUAUCGGAGCAAAUCCGGCCGUGGUCUCACGAUGAGGUUCUUGCGCUGUUGAGGAUCCGAUCCGCCAUGGAGAGAUGGUUUCCUGAUUUCACCUGGGAACAUGUUUCUGGGAAACUUGCAGAGGUUGGGUUUAAAAGAAGCGCUGAGACGUGCAAGGAGAAAUUUGCAGAGGAGAGCAGGCAUUUCAGCAACAUGGCGGGCUACAGCAAAAGCUACAGGUUUCUCAGCGAGCUUGAAGAGCUUUGCCAUGGCGAGAACGUCAACCCUCAUGCGUUGACCGAGAAAGCCCAGAUUAAUAUUGUGGAGAAGUUUAAGCUUCCAGCCGAAGAAGUGGACCAGGAAGUGGCGCAUGUUAGCGUGGAAGGAGACUCGAGAAACGAAGUGGAAAACGAGUGGAAACACAGAGAGAAGAAGCGAAAGAGGCGGCGGAAGUUGGAGAGGUUGAAGGGCUUCUGCGAGGAGAUUGUGAACCAGAUGAUAGCUCGGCAGGAAGAAUUGCACAAGAAGGUGAUUGAGGAGAUGAUGAAGAAAGAUGAAGAGGAGAUUGCGAGAGAGGAAGCUCGGAAGCAGCAGGAGAUGGAGAGGAUGAACAAGGAGAUUGAAACCAGAGCGCAAGAACGAGCCAUUGCCGGCGAUAGGCAGAUCAAACUCAUCGAGUUCUUGAACAAGCUUCUUCUUGGAUCGCAUUCCAAUUCCAUCGACGUCGACCUAAUCUCUGAAAACCUCGCCAAUGUCUCGAGUGCUUCGUUUUCCUCCACUUCGUCUUCUCUAAUUCAGCCUCAAAACCCUAAUGUAACAUCAACCUCACUCACUGCCGACCCAAACCCUAAUCUCCAGGCAAAUGUGCAAUCCACUUCCUCGAGCGACGAAUGCCUAAACACUAGGCCCGCCAUUGCAGGAAACCGGCAAGAAAUAGUAGUAACUCCAUCUUCUUCGCCUCCGAAUAUCGAUCAGAACCUUGAUUCAACUGAGAACGAAAGAUCAGAAGGCAAUGGCAAGAGGUGGCCGAGAGAAGAAGUGUUUGCGUUGAUCAACAUACGGUGCAACCUGCUCAGCAGCGGUGGCGAUCAAGAUGCAAAGGAAGAAGCGAAGGGCGGCGGCGGCGGCGGCGGGGGGCCUCCUCUUUGGGAGAGAAUCUCGCAGAAGAUGAUGGAGAUGGGAUACAAGAGAAGCGCGAAGAGGUGCAAGGAGAAGUGGGAGAACAUGAAUAAGUAUUUCAGAAAGACAAAGGAUGUGAACAAGAAGAGGUCGCCCGGAUCCAGGACCUGCCCUUACUUCCACCACCUCAACAGUUUGUACAGUCAAGCAAAACAGCUUGACUCCCCGGAAAACCACCCGCCACCGCCGGAAACCCGCCUCGAGUAGUUAAGGUAUGUAGCGGCGAGAGCACGCGACGUCGCAAGAAUUGCUGGCUUCAAGUUCUAGAUACAUGCUUUGCUUGCGGGUUUGGUUUUGGAGAGUUUACUUCUUCGUUUUUGCGCUUUGCCUGGCAUGGCCAAUUGAGAGUACCUUAUUGACA